AUGGCGUGCAAGGACAGCUCCUAUUUCGCCGUCUCCGCUGCACGCGACUCCAGCCUCUGUUCUCCUCUUUUGCCUGAAUCGCGCAGUGAGGUGGCCCCAACCCCUACAGGGCCCCUCAGCGCGGCGGUACUUGCAAUUACAGCAGACGCAUCAAGCGCCACUGUAACAGCAGGUGCCGCCAACACACAGAGCAUCGUGCCCGCCGCUCCUGCUUCUGCUGGGCACCACCCGGACCUGGAUGUUGUUAUGCAGGUUACAGAUGGAGUGAUGGACCAAGCCUCUGCUCAAGCAGCGUCCCUGCCCAACACUCCACGGCCUUCUUCGCAGUGCGCCACGGCGCAGCAGACUCGUUGGGGACCCCGGCUCUUGACAGAUGAUGCGACAGCUCCGACCCUGGCAGUGCGAAGACCACUGACACCUGCCGCAUCGGGCACUGGUGCCACGCGGUGGGGGCCAUGUCACCGCGCGAUCGGGGCCGCCGCUGUUGCCCAUCUUGUCACCGGGGAACCCACUAUUCCGGCACCAUCCACUCGACCUUCCUCGCUGCCUGCUCCACGACGGACACUCACGCGCUGGGGACCACGGGUGCUGGUGAGGAUGCCAUCGUCAGGGCGUCGCUUGGGCACCCGAGGGACUCCAUCGCUGACCAGCUCAUCUGCCGCAGUCAGCUCGGAAGCUGCCUCAGCGCACCCGCCGGCUCUACCUCGGCCAAGUCCAAGCGCUCCCUCGCUCACUCGGGCAGUAGAAGUUCCUUCCGAGGACCACGAGCCAUGGCUUUUGCGUUUUGACGGUGCCUGUCGGCGGAAUCCUGGACCAGGUGGUGCGGGGGCGGUGCUGUUCGACUCGGGCGGCACGGUGGUGUGGACCUGCUCCCAUUUUCUCCCCUCCAGCAGCGAGACCAAUAAUACGGCCGAGUAUACGGCACUGCUGCUGGGUUUACGGAGUGCGGUGCAACAUGGGGCCACGCGGUUGCUGGUCGAGGGCGACAGCAACCUGGUGCUCGCUCAGGUGCGCGGCUCCUUCUCGUGCAAUAACCGACGGCUUCGGAGGUUGCGUAAUAGCGUGCGCCAGGAACUCCGGCGACUGGAAUGGCACAAGCUUCGCCAUGUCGAUCGCCAAGCCAAUUCUCAGGCUGAUCGUCUGGCUAACCGUUCACUCGAUCUUCAGCGCACCGCUGUGGAGUGUGGUCACCACUCGGGAGACAUGCUCGGCUGUUUCCAGCCGAAUACUCCGCCUGCUACCGACUUGCCGGCUCCAGUGAACACAGGAGCUACGUCUGUUUUUAGCGAUGAGUCGGGGGUGGACGACGAUACGAUGGAGGUUGAAGCUGAGAUCGCAGCGCGCGAUGGCGAAGUCUUUCCAACGCUGCCCAUUGGCCCAGGCUCGGCUCCAGCGCGACAACCUCGUCUCCGGCUGCGUCAACUCACCGAAGAGGAGCGGGAUGCCGCCGCGGAUGCGCUCCAAACGUUUGCAGAUGGCAUGGCGAGCAGAAUUACUGACGCGGAUUGCUGGGCCACAGGGGAAGGUUAUAUCAGCGCGAUCCCGGAUCGGAUUCGUGAGGUACUGCUACAAUUUUCUAACGCGCCUCCUCCUGCUUCGGCUUCACCAGCUCCUAGCACGACUCAAGCGUCGUCCCGUCGCCGGCGCCCGCCGCGGGUGACACGGUCUCAGCGUGAGCACCGCUUGGAUGAAGCGCUCGAUGACUUGCAGACAACGCAGCAAGCGUCUCCGGCGGACCAGCGGGCAGUUCGCAAGGCACGUCGGCGAGUUGGAAGGAUUCGUUCGUCAAUGGCUCAGCAGCAGCUUCGACGUGACUUCGCUCAGGACGAGGCCAAGUGUGUGACCAAGCUUCUGGCGGACGCCUCGGUGGACACGGCCGGCGAGGAGCACCCAGAUACGUGUCCCAUCGAUCGCGAGGAGAUGCACCGCUACUUCACCGGCACAUGCACGGAGAGGGUGCCGUUCGACUACGAUGCUCCGCAAGGUCAAGAGUUCCGGGCGGCGUUAGACGUUUACACGCCUGCGUUGUUGGAAGCGGAUGCCCUCGACGAAGAACUGUCGAUGGAUGAAGUGGAAUACCAGCUUUCGCGCGCGACCAAGACAUCAAGCCCGGGUCACGACGGCAUAGGCUACGAUGUAUAUAGCCGCUUUGCUGCGCAGCUGGUCCCGCUCCUCCACACCGCGUUUCAGUUCUGCUGGAUGCAUAGGCGCGUACCUUCCUUGUGGAAGGUUGGCAUCGUUCGCCUCAUUCACAAGAAGGGCGACCCGGAGAAGCCGGAGAACUGGCGGCCAAUAUGCUUGCUGCCCACGGUUUACAAGUUAUACAGUGGGCUGCUGGCACGUCGAUUAUCGCGCUGGAUGGAAGGCAACGACCGGCUACCCAUGGCACAGAAGGGGUUCAGGGCCUUCAACGGAUGUCAUGAGCACAACUUUUUGGCCACAACCAUGCUCGGAAGACAGAGAGCGCUUUCGAGGCUGCCAAUCCGACCACCAGAAGCGCAUCACGAGAUGCAUUGGUGA